AUGGUCGUCUACUACCAGGUCAUGGGCCAGAAGGUCGGCUCGCACGUGCUCGCCAUGGCCACUCUUGGGACGUUGUUCACUGGUACUUGGGCCAUGAUGGGCGGCUCUAAGAAGGAACAAGCAAAGCAAGGCCCCCCGAUCAAUGCCAGCAGUAAGGAUGAGGAGAACUUCAUACAGUAUGUCAGA